AGGGAGUCGGAGUCCAGCGUCGCAAAGGGAAGCGGGAGAGCCGAGGCGGAGGAAAAACGAGUCCCGGGAGUGCCGGAAAAGGCCGAAGGUUGCCGAGGGGGAGCCGAGGCCUGGCUGAGGGAAGCCGGCGGGGACCGUUGGCCUGAGGUAAAAAAAAAAAAAGAUCUCCUCAGGAGCGGCGGCGGCGGGAGAAAAGGCGGACGACGGAGGCGGCGGAGGAAGCAAAGCAGCGGCUCGCCAGGCAGCGCAGAGCCGCUUCUCCCCUCACCGGCCGCGGCGGACGCUCGUCGUUCCCAAAUCUCCUCAGGCGGGACGGGCCGAGCGGGCCGGAAAGGGCCGCCGGUGGAGCGUCCGGAGGGGGGGGGGGUGUCUCUCCCGCCUCAAGCCGCCCUGUCAGCAGCCCCCGAGGGCGGGAUGAAGCCCGCCGAGGCCUAGGAAGCGGGCCGGGGGGCCAAGGUGGGCUCCUCCUCCGCCUCCGACCCGGCCCACAGGCGCGGGACUGUCGGGGGGGGGCCCUCUACAAGCCCCCUUCCCCCCUCGCCUAUGUAGCCAUUUGUAUUUUAUUUUAAUUUUUAUGUCUGUCUCAAGGUACGGUGUGAGCGUCUUCCCCCCCUUGGAAGGGGCAGCUCCACUUUUUUUGACACCCCCUUAAGGAAAAGGCCUGCCUGCCUUCUUUUCCCCCCUCCUUUGGGGUAUUUUUGGGUGUUUGGGGGUGCUUCUUUCCCUGGAGGUUUGAAAAGCCGCCCCAUAAAGACUUAUUUUGGGGGGGGGGAGUUGCUUUCUCAGCACCCAGACCUUGCAGAGAUCCUGGACGUAAAUCUUUUUUUUUUGUUGAAAGGGUGGAAGGAAGGAAGAAGCUGGAAAAAAACCCCACUUUUCCUGCUCCCCUGCCUUGAAAAUAUAUACAACAAAUCCACCCCCCUCCUGCACCCCCCCACCUCUAGUUCCUUUCCUGUUGUUUUUCUUGGGGGUCUUUCUGAAAGGGGGGGGCAGCCCCAGCCUAUGGAGGAGGAGGACUCCUCUCUCUUUGACCUACCUGGCUGGACUUGGAUGCCGUAAAAGACUGGAGAAGAUCCUGGGGUUGUAAUGAGGGAACUAAGGGCCGGGAAGGAGGAAUUGAACCAGAGGCACCUUCGUUGUCUUCUUCGUCUUCUUCUUCGGCCGGUCAAGUGUCCUUCGACUGAGAUGGGUCUCCCUUUCGGACCGAGGCGACAGCUGGGUCUCCAGAGGGGCGCAUCAUGGCUGUGACGGCCUUCCUUUCUUCCUGCCAGAAGAUCCCGGUGGCUUUUCCUCGAGUGUCCUGGGAGGUGGAUCUCUUGGAAGACUGAAAAACAAACUAAAUAACAAACAAACCCCCGUGUGUGGCUUUUAAUUCUGCUCUCCUUUUGGAAUACGGCUGGAUUCUGAACUCGGGUCUGGAGUGUGGGAAAGUGACAGUCGCUGGAGAAUCGCCCGUAAGAUGCAGAUUGGCUAAAAAAUCGUCCUGUUGCCGGGGGCUCCAAUGAGUGGCACACAGUCCGCAAUCACGGACAGGUUUCCCCUCAAAAAACCUACAAGGCAUGGCAGCAUUCUGAGCAGAGAGUCUCCAGCAGACAAGAAGCAGAAGGUCGAGCGCUGCAUUAGUGCCCAUGAUUUUGACCCAACAGAUAGCUCCUCCAGGAAGACAAAGUAUAGCUCAGAGGAGAGUAGAUCCGAGACAUAUGGUCUAGUUCAACGAUGUGUUAUCAUUCAGCGGGAUGAAAAUGGAUUUGGGUUAACAGUCAGUGGUGACAAUCCAGUCUUUGUACAAUCCGUCAAGGAAGAUGGAGCAGCCAUGCGGGCUGGGGUUCAAACUGGUGACCGAAUCAUUAAGGUGAAUGGAACUCUGGUAACACAUUCCAACCAUUUGGAGGUGGUUAAGCUGAUAAAGUCGGGUUCCUAUGUAGCGCUCACUGUGCAGGGGCGCCCACCUGGGUCGCCCCAGAUUCCACUGGCUGAUUCUGAGGUGGACUCAGCAGCUGCCUUUGGGCAUAUGUCUCCCAUCAUGACAUCACCUCACUCCCCUGGAUCCCAUGGGAACACCGAGAGAAUUACCAGUCCGGUGCUGAUGGGGGAGGAAAAUAACAUUGUUCACAACCAGAAAGUAGAGAUUUUGAGGAAGAUGCUACAGAAAGAAGAGGAACGACUGGAGUUCCUGCAGGAAGACUACAACCGCACUCCGGCUCCCCGGCUGCUCAAAGACAUCCAGGAAGUCAAGAAGCACAUUCCUCAACUGCAGGAGCAGCUGUCCAAAGCAACAGGCUCGGCUCAGGAUGUCAUUUUGUCUUCCAAAUCUAUAUCCGAAUCUUUGCAGAUCACUGAGGUGGAAGCUGAGAGGGGGGAUGGGCCAAACAGAGGAGACUGUCAUUUUGGUGAUGGCCCCCAGCUGAACGACACAGCAGAGAGUCCUCGCAGUGUCUUGAGAGAGCAGAGCUAUCUGGAUGACAGCCCAGAGAAGACCGAGACUCACGAAACAGAUUCUCCAUCCAGUCUUGGAAGUCCUUCCUCUCGUGUGGCACCUCCAAUCAUAGGAGCAGAAGAUGAUGACUUCGAUGGUGAACAAGAACAGAUCAACGGGCAGUGUAGCUGUUUCCAGAAUAUAGAGCUACUGAAAUCACGUCCCGCUCACUUGGCUGUCUUUUUGCAUCAUGUCAUCUCCCAGUUUGACCCUGCUUCUUUGCUCUGUUACCUGUUUGCGGACCUGUACAAACAAACAAAUUCCAAAGAGACUCGCCGAGUGUUUGCUGAAUUUAAUCAAUUUUUUCUGGAUCGAGCUGCAAACCUGAAAGUCCCAGUUCCAGAUGAAAUUGCAAGUGAUUUAGAAAAGAGAAGGCUGGAAUUAAUUCCUGAAGAAUUGCACCGCCACUGUAUUCAAACUAUGCAAGAAAAAGUGUUUCUUGAAGUACAAAAGCACCUUGAAGAUUUUAGACAGAAACGCAGCAUGGGCCUCACGCUGGCAGAAGGAGAACUGACCAGGCUGGAUGCAGAACGUGUCCGGGACCGGGUGACCUUAGAGAAGGAGAGAGCGUGUGCAGAGCAGAUCCUGACUAAAAUUGAAGACGUGCUGAUGUCAUCUCAGCCUGUAGAAGAGGAUAAGAGUUCAGCUAUACAAUAUGUUGUUCUUACCUACAUGAAGCACCUUGGUGUACGUGUUAAAGAGCCCCGGAACCUAGACCAAAAACGGGGACGGAUUGGAUUCCUGCCAAAGAUAAAACAAAGUAUGAAGAAAGAUAAGGAAGGGGAUGAAAAGAAGAGGAGGGUCUUCUCAAAUAUCCUGGGACCUCCAAGGAGGCCAAGCCGCCAUGACAGCUAUGCAAUAGGCAGAGCCAUGGAGAUGCAAAAACAACGCCAUCCAAAGCACUUAACCUCAUCGUCUUCGGUCAGCCCAGAACCGCCAGAUUUGGUCAAGAUGCGCCAAAGUGGGAUCAGUGAUGGCAUGGAUUCAGCCUUCCAGCCUGCUAACUUUGUGUCUCCAGCGGCUUCCGGAACAUUCCCAUCUCAGGAAGGGAGCAAAGAUGGCGAAACAGGGCCAAAACAAGUUGGAGAAGCAAUUAAUUCUGGUGAUUCUGUGGACGGCACACCUUGUACAUCUGGCGUCAUAUUUGAUUUCCCAUCUCCUCCCCUGGACCAUUUGCAAGAAGAAGAAGGAGAAGUUGAUAGGUUAGGAGAAUCAGGGACUCCAAAACCUUUCCGCAAGGUGGACAGUGUGAAUGCUGGGGAUGUCCAGAGUGAAGAUGAGCUCUUCGAUUUCGACAUGGAGACUGACCAGCCCAACUGGCAGCAGCUGGUGAGCCGUGAAGUGUUGCUUGGCUUGAAACCCUCUGAAAUUAAACGCCAGGAAGUGAUUAAUGAGUUAUUCUACACUGAACGUGCUCAUGUCCGUAAGCUGAAAGUCCUGGAUCACUUGUUCUAUCAGCGUGUGUACCGCGAAGGGAUCCUGACAGCGCCUGACCUGCGGAAAAUAUUUUCGAACCUGGAGGAUAUCCUCCAGCUUCACACUGGACUGAAUGAGCAGAUGAAAGCAGUGAGGAAAAGAAACGAGACAUCUGUAAUUGAUCAAAUUGGAGAAGAUUUGUUAACUUGGUUCAGUGGAGAAGGCGAGGAGAAGUUGAAGCAAGCCACAGCUACCUUCUGUAGCAACCAACCUUUUGCUCUUGAAGUGAUCAAGUCACGGCAAAAGAAGGACUCUCGCUUCCAGACUUUUGUCCAGGAAGCUGAGAGCAAUCCACUGUGUCGCCGAUUACAGCUAAAAGAUAUUAUUCCCACUGAGAUGCAACGGCUCACCAAGUAUCCCCUCUUGCUGGAUAAUAUUGCAAAGUACUCAGAGCAACCUUUAGAGAAGGAAAAAGUGAAGAAAGCAGCAGAUCAUUGUCGGCAGAUUCUCAAUUUUGUGAACCAAGCUGUCAAAGAAGCCGAGAACAAGCAGCAUUUGGAGGACUACCAGCGGCGGCUUGAUUUGUCCUACCUGAAGCAAGUGGAGGGCCCUUUGCUGGAUGAAUUCAGGAAUUUAGAUCUAACAAAGAAGAAAAUGAUUCACGAAGGGCCUCUGACUUGGAAGGUGAAUCGUGACAAAACUAUUGAUCUCUAUACAUUGCUCUUGGAAGAUAUUCUGGUAUUGUUGCAGAAGCAAGAUGACAGACUGGUGUUGAGGUGUCACAGCAAGAUCCUGGCUAAUACAGCCGAUAGCAAGCACACAUUUAGCCCUGUUAUUAAAUUGAACACCGUCUUGGUUCGCCAAGUGGCUACAGAUAAUAAAGCAUUCUUUGUCAUUUCCAUGUCGGAAAACGGAGCCCAGAUUUAUGAACUAGUGGCACAGACAGUUUCUGAAAAGACAGUAUGGCAGGACCUCAUAGUACGGAUGGCAGGAACCGUCAAAGUUGGAAGAGGCAGAAAUGUAAUUCCAUUGCCACAAUCGGGACCAUGCGAGGAAGACCAUGAGGAAGAAGAUGACCAGCAUAAAUUGAAGGAAGAACAGACGAGCCCAGGUAGCAGCAAACAGAGUCCAGAUAAAGAUUUGGGGCUGAAGACUCCCUCUCCUUCAGUCACCAUGUCUGAGAAGUCAGAAGAGGAAGAACUUCUGGAAGCCAACAAGCAGUUUGGAGAAAAACUACCGGCGGACUUACUGAUCAAAGAGUCACCGGAACAUUACAGCCAAAGUAGUCCAGAGCUCUCGUUCCAAGCUUCAGAAAAUCGAUGGGCAUUGGAUGCACUAAGAAACUUGGGUUUACUGAAGAAAUUACUGAUGCAGCAGCUUGGCAUGUCUGAGCAAGUGUCCCUUGAAGACUGGCAUCCUUUUUCUGACCAUGGAAGAGAUCUGUCAGGGCCCCUCGAGGAGAACAUUGUCAGGAGAGGACUUCAGUACUCAGAUAACAAUGACACUACCCUGUCCGGGCCUGGAAGGACACCCAUGGGGACAAAAACAAAUGACUUUGAACUUAGUUGUGAUAAAUGGCCUUCAAACGAGUUGGUCUCUCCAGGGGACCCUGUGUUGCACAGCAGGCAGUUGAUGGACCCCUUGAGGACAAACGCAGAACCCCCAGCCAAGGAACUGGAAGGAGGAGGAGGAACCAGUGCUGCGGAUGAUGGUGGGGAGCACUUUUUUGAUGCUCAGGAAGCUCACAGUGAAGGGAACCCAUCAGAAGGUGGUGUGGUAGAUGGGAAGGAGGUAGAAGAGGUGCAGCUACGGAUCUCAGGAAAUUAUUUGAUCCUUGAUGGAUAUGGCACAGUACAGGAGAGCUCCACCGACGAAGAGGUCACUUCGCUGGUUCUACAGUGCACUGCAGACAGAAGCGCAACAGACUCUGCCCACCAGCAGCCCAGGUCUCGGGAUGACCAGCCAGUUACAGCCAGCUCACCAUUUGCAGAGGAAUUGCUGGCCUCCCACUGGCAAGCUGCCAAGGAAUCCAGUUCAGAUGCAUUAAGGGCUUCCUUCUCUGUCGAGUCGCGUACCCUGAUGAUGCGUUACAUCCAGAACAUAGAGGCCAGCCUUCAGCAUUUGAAGGAAGUGGAGGAAAACUACACUGCUCUUCAGCAUAGGCUGUCUGGCUCCAUCACCACAGACGAGCAUUUGGAUAAAAGUUAAUCACCUUCUUGCCAAUCGCUGGAGAUUGGAUGGCGCCUUCUGCCUUGAGUCAGCCUCUGCUAGCCACAGCCGGCCUCUGCCUGGACUCUCUUGGCCUUAGGCCUCUUUCAAUGGACCCUUGAAGCGGGAGGGGGCUCCACAUAGUGGAGAAGGGGGCAGGUUUUUUUUUCCUUUGAGGUGUCUGCACUAGCCUUUCAGGGAGAGGGGGGGGGGUGAUUUUAGUUCCCCUCCUCUUGCUACCAGAAAUUCUUUUUGAUUCCAAACAGAGGAAAAAAAAGAGGAACAGAAAGAAGAAACCAAAUGUAUAAAGUUCUGGGUGUAGGAUAUAAAAAUGUAUCUAUACAUUAAAAAAAAAAAUCAAUGUAUUUAUUUGACUUCAUUCCGUGUACUGAAAGCACACUUUAACUUGUAUUUUAUUUUGCUUUUUUUAAAAAAAAAAAUUGAUAGUGCCAGUUUCCUAGGUUCCCAGCAUCUUUCUUCUCCUCCUGAAUCCUUACUCUGAACUGAGUUGUGUGUGUGUGUGUGUGUCUUGAUUUCCCCCCUGGAUUCUGCCAACAACAAGUCUGUUCCUCAGAAAGGUGUGUGUGUGUGUGUGUUUGUGUGUGUGUGUGUGUGUGUGUGUGUGUGUGUGUGUAGAGCGAAAUCUAGCAGCAGGCAGGCGGCCUUCUUGUGCACUACAUAGCCAGGGAAGGAUUUCAAACUGGCAACCAAAUUUCUCUUUGGGAAUGCCUUUAUUUUAAAAAUAAUAAUUAUUUUUUAAUUAUAAAGGAAUGCCUUUAUAAUUAAAGAGAGAUAAGGAUCAGAAUUUGGGAGUUGCGUUCCCUGCCCAGGUACUGAUUGUGACUUCCCUUUGAAAGCAACAGCUCAUUUGUAGCUUGGGGUGGGAGUUGGGGGAAUUUUGCCAGUUAAGAGAAAGCAAUACAUUUGUCAGAAAUUCCCGAGGCCACCACGUUUCUAAUGAACUGAGAGGAGUAACCGCUGCAGAAGUUAGCCACUACGUUUGGAAGGUAGGGGCCAGAAUUGUUCAGUAUCCAGAAGUGUGCCUUACUGACUAGUGUGGCUAGUAAACCACCUGAGACCUAGUUUGGAAUAGUGCUAUUUUUUCCCCCUCUUUAUGCAAAAAUGCUCUGAAAUCACACUAGGAACAUCUGCAGUAGGAGAAUCA